AUGGCUGGAGGUUCAAAGAGGUCUAAAAGAGCAAGACUUUAUGAUAGUGAAUCAGAAGAGAUAAGCGACCAAGACAAUCUUAAGGUGGAAGGCGAGAUCGAAGAUGAUGAAUCGCCUGAUGAGAUAGAGGAUGAUGAAGGAGAUAGCAUGGACGCUGAUGAGGGAGAGAGUGAGGAAGACGACGAAGGAGAUAGCGAGGAAGACGAUGAAGAAGAUAACAAGGAAGAUGAAGAUGAGGAAAGCGAGGAAUUUGAAGAUGGAGAAAGCGAGGAAUUUGAAGAUGGAAAUGACAAAGAAAGUGAGAGUGGCGAUGAAGGUGAUGAGGACAAGAAAUAUGCUGAGAUGGAAGAGCUUGAGAAAGAGUACACGGAGCUUCGUGCACAAGAACAGGAUAUACUGAAGAACCUGAAGCGUGAUAAGGGUGAGGAUGCUGUUAAAGGUCAAGCGGUGAAGAACCAGAAGGCUCUUUGGGACAAAACUCUGGAGUUCAGAUUCUUACUUCAGAAAGCAUUUAGUAGUUCAAACAGAUUGCCGCAGGAGCCUGUCAAAUCAUCUUUUUGUUCGGAAGAUGAGAACGUCUCAACAGCAUAUACAGAUCUUAUUACUUCAUCAAAGAAGACAUUAGAUUCCCUCUUGGAGUUGCAAGAGGCUUUGCUUGAGAAGAAUCCAUCAGUUGAUCAGCAAGUAGAUGCUACUUCAGUGCGUUCAGAAUCCAAUGAAUCAGAUGCAGAAGAUAGCGAUGAAUGGCAGCGAAUAUCUGACUUGCAAAAAAGAAUGUCUAUAUUCCGAAACAAGGCUGUGGACAAAUGGCAGAGAAGAACACAAGUGACAACUGGUGCAGCUGCUAUUAAAGGAAAGCUCCAAGCUUUUAACCAGAAUGUUAGUGAACAGGUUGCUUCUUACAUGAGGGAUCCAAGUAGAAUGAUUAAGCAAAUGCAACAAUCAAGAUCUACUGUUGCUGUUUUUGGAACUUAUCCUUUAUGCCCAUUCUCUGACAUGGUUCAGGAAAAACAACGAGAAGUAGACCCUGAACUUGUAGAGGAUGCUGAAUUCUAUCAGCAGUUACUAAAGGAAUUCUUUGAGACCAUCGAUCCAGCUUCCUCGGAGGCGGCUUUCUACGCGCUGAAGAAAUUUCAGAUGAAGAAGCGGAAAGUUGUGGAUCGACGUGCCUCUAAGUGCCGAAAGAUCAGGUAUAAUGUUCAUGAGAAGAUUGUCAACUUCAUGGCUCCACGACCAGUGAAGGUUCCUCCCAACACUGCGGAUUUACUGAAGAAUCUGUUCGGUCUCAAGACCAGUAACAAUUUGUCUGAAGCAUAA